UCACCAAAAUGACGUUGGUUUUUAGGUUUAUCCAAUUUUGUCCAGCAACUACAGCAUCGAUGGCUCUCUGCGUUCCUUGAGCAGCGUUUGUCGCCGGCCUUCGUUCAGUCACCGUCGGUGAACGGAAGUUGUCGUCCUUCCGCCACAGUCGCCGUGAUCCCUAUCUGAAAUUUCUCUGGAAGAACUGAUCAUCUGACGUAUUUGCUAAAUCAAGCAUCUGGAACAAUAGCAAAGAUCUAAAGAAACUUCUGGGUUUUGUUUCUGAUAUAUCAGCUUCAUCUUAAGAAAUUCCAAUGGCGGAAAAUAUUUCUUCACAUGAUCAAAGAUCAGACAUAAUAAGUUCUAUGGAGAUCCCUUUGCCGGUUGAUAAGUUAGCGUUGGAAUUGGUUGGCCAUGGCUCCUCCUCUGGCUCCUCGAUCAAGCCUAAAACGUUCGUGGUUCUUGUAGCUACUGGAAGCUUCAAUCCUCCUACUUAUAUGCAUUUACGCAUGUUUGAAAUGGCAAAGGAUGCACUGGAAUCAGAGGGCCUUUGUGUUAUUGGAGGCUAUAUGUCUCCAGUUAACGAUGCAUACAAGAAAAGGGGCCUCAUUUCUUCGGAACAUCGAAUAAAGCUCUGCGAACUAGCAUGCCGAAGUUCAGAAUACAUCAUGGUCGAUCCAUGGGAGGCCAGUCAAAAUAGCUACCAACGCACGUUAACUGUUCUGUCUCGAAUCAAGACAUCACUGUGUGCCAGUGGAUUGGUACCCAAAGAAUCCCUGAAGGUGAUGCUUGCUUGUGGUUCUGAUUUGCUUGAAUCUUUUGCAACACCUGGAGUCUGGAUACCUGAUCAAGUUAAAACCAUAUGCCGAGAUUACGGUCUCAUUUGCGUUAGUCGAGAAGAACAAGAUAUCGAGAAAAUCAUAUCGGAUAAUGAAAUUCUGUACGAGAACAGGAGCAAUAUCAAAAUUGUAGAUCAAAUUAUACCCAACAUAAUAAGCUCCACCAGAUUAAGGGAUUGCAUUUCAAAAGGACUGUCAAUCAAAUAUCUUACUCCUGAUGAAGUUAUCGAGUAUAUAAGAGAGCAACAUUUGUACUUGAAUCCUCGAUGAUGCUUUAUGUUCGGUCGGAUGAAUAGAGGAUCAAUCGACUUGGAUUUUCAUGAGCGUUGGUGGGUCUUGGAGUGUCUGUCAAUGGCUCAGGUGCGUACUCGGGUCUACGUCAUAUUAGUUUUAAAAACAUUCUUACUUUAAAUCGGCCAUAAGUUAGAUUUUGAGUUAUUUUUGUUUAUCGAGUACAAAAAUGUAAAAGCGGGUAUUCGAAUGAUAAGACUUUUUGAUCAAUACAUGCUUACAUUAGUCGCAGAUGAAAA